AUGACACCUUCAAGCUUGGCAUUGUAUAUCACAUGUCUGAUCUUGACGGAUAUGGCUGCUAUGGGAACUUUAAAUCAAUCCUUGUUAUAUUUUCUAUCGGAUGAUGUUGGGGGAAAUGUGACUCUGCCGUGCGUCUGUGAUGAUGCAGGGUUGGUUUUUUACUGGUAUAAGCAAACCCUGGGACAGAAACCAAAGCUGAUUGCUGCAUCCUAUACGUAUAACCGUAAUUGCACCUUCCACGGUGAAUUUAAGAACAAUCCACGUUUCUCACUGGAUACUGAAAGCGGUAAAAGUCACAUGAAGAUUUCAGAUCUGCAAAUUUCAGACUCAGCCACUUACUACUGCAUAGGGAGCAAUUUGAUUGACUUUAAAUUUUGCGACGCCGCUACUGUCAGUGUAAAGGGUUCAGGUUUGAACGUCCCAGCUGUGGUCCAUCAGUCAGCAUCUGAGACCAUCCAGCCAGGAGGCUCUGUGACUCUGAACUGUACAGUUCACACUGGGACCUGUGAUGGACAACACAGUGUUUACUGGUUCAAAGACUCUGAAGCAUCUCGUCCAGGACUCAUUUACACUGAUGGAGGCAAGAAUGAUCAGUGUAAGAGGAAACCCAACACACAAACACACACCUGUGUCUACAACCUGCCGAUGAAGAGCCUGAACCCGUCUCAUGCUGGGACCUACUACUGUGCUGUUGCCUCGUGUGGACACAUACUGUUUGGAGACGGGACCAAGCUGGACUUUGAGGGUGACGGGGACUCUCUGGUUUUGGUGUAUUUCUUGAGUGCAGCUUGGGCAUUGACCACCAUGCUGGUUGUUUUACUGGCUUUCUCACUGUAUAAGAGCAACCAAAGAAACCGCCAAAGUGCAGGUAACUGUUACUCUUUGAAUACGACACUAUGUGUAGAUGCAGAGAACCUCCAUUACGCUGCUUUAAGGGAUCACAACUGCAACAGAUCAAGAAGACAGACGGCCAACACCCAGCAUGAAUGUGUGUACUCCAGCGUAAGGCCGUAGGGCCGGAGAUGGUUCUGUGUACCAAGACAUCUGCUAUUGUUUCUGAAACACGAACACUUUAUUAAAUAAAUAUAAGGGCUUGCCUUGGAAGAAAAGAUGUUCCACUGAAAAAAACACUGCAAGACUGAUUAUUACAAUUGUUAAAGAACUACACUCACAGGUCUGCUGGUGUCGUUAUCUACUCUGAAAGUUUCCACAAUUCUAACCAGCACUUCAUCUCUUACAUCACAUACUCAGUGAGGACAAAGCCACCACAGAACAUUCUUUGCAGGUUGUUUAUU